CUAGAGAGAAUCAAAAAUUGAAGACGGCGGAUCGAUCACUGGGGACUCUCUCUCUCUCUCUCUCAUCAAACCCAUAUUUUUUUUAUCCUAAACCAAAAAUUAUGUAACAAUAUUACAGUUAAGGUUUGGGAUUAGCGGCAUAUCUCCUGCUGUAGAAAAUGUUUGCAGGUUUUAGAAGAAAAGGGUUGGCCGUUGGUCGCUCGUUAUUGGGAGGCCUCAGCAACAAUAUGUUGGGAGCAAUCACAACUCCCCUUGAGAUUUCGUCCAGGCUGAGUGAGAGCAACCUUUUCCUUCAGCAACACAGGACCUUCAUUCAGAUGAGGACCAACCUGAAAGUGGUGGACAAUUCUGGCGCCAAGAGAGUAAUGUGCAUACAAUCUAGACUGGGGGACACCAUUGUUUGCUCAGUGAAAGAAGCACAACCGCGUGGUAAGGUAAAGAGUGGAGAGGUUCACUACGCCGUGGUGGUUCGUGCGGCAAUGCAGAGAGGACGAUGUGAUGGCAGCGAGAUCAAGUUUGAUGACAAUGCAGUGGUUCUUGUUAACAAGCAGGGAGAGCCUAUUGGGACCCGAGUUUUUGGGCCUGUGCCUCAUGAACUCAGGAAGAAGAAGCAUGUCAAGAUUCUAACUUUGGCCGAGCACAUUGCUUGAAACUUGUAUUUUCGGAGUUUUCCUAUAGUUGCUCAGUCAAGGAUAAGUUUUUCUUCUGAAGCCUAGAUUGUGCCCUUGUUCAGGCCGUCAUUAUCUUUUUGCUUUGUUCCAUCUCUGUUGUGGUUAAUAAUAGUACAAGUUUACUCCGAUCGAUUGUCAGUAACUUGAGCAUUUAUCUGCAGUUAUUAUAGAGCAUCAGAAUUUUGAAAA